GGGAAUUUUGUCCUUCUGGCUCUCGGUUGUACGUCACCGUAAACGUUGACGUGUGGCUAAGCAGGAGAGCUGUCUCGCUAGCCGGUUUAGCCAGACCUUGCUCCUUUGAGAGCGGACGACAGCUUUUAGUUUUUGCAAACACUUCAAACUUGUAAUAAUGGCGGCGGACUGGGAAGAAAUCCGAAGGCUUGCCGCGGACUUUCAGAGGGCGCAGUUUGCGGACACGGUGCAAAGGCUGUCGGAGAGGAACUGCAUUGAGAUUAUUACAAAACUGGUCCAAGACAAGAAGCUAGAUGUGGUGCACACGCUGGACGGGAAGGAGUACAUCACACCGGGGCAAAUCAGCAGGGAGAUCCGGGAUGAGCUGUACGUCCACGGAGGGCGAAUCAACAUCGUGGACCUCCAGCAGAUUAUCAAUGUGGAUUGGGUCCAUGUUGAAAAUCGUGCAAGUGAUCUCGCCAAAUCGGAUAAAGGGAUGCAAAUUGUGCUGGGACAACUUAUUGAUGACACGUACCUGAACCGAUUGGCCGAGGAUGUGAACGACAAGCUGCAGGAAGCUGGUUUGAUCAGCAUUGCAGAACUGUGCAAGACCUACGACCUCCCGGGAGAUUUCUUAUCCGAGGAGCUGUCCAAGCGUCUUGGGAAGCUCAUCCAAGGAGAAAUGGACCAGUACAACAGGGGGGUGAUAUUCACUCCGGCUUUUGUUGCUCGUCACAAAGCCAGGAUCCGAGGGCUGUUCAGCGCUAUUACAAGGCCGACACCUGUCAGCAGCAUGAUUGGAGCGUUCGGAUUCCAGGAACAUCUCCUGUACUCCGUCCUGGAGGAGCUGGUGAACACUGGCCGCCUGAGGGGAAGCGUGGUUGGGGGUCGGCAGGACAAAGCUGUGUACAUCCCCGACAUUUACGCCAAAACGCAGAACGCCUGGGUGGACUCGUUCCUCCAGCAAAACGGAUAUCUGGAGUUUGACGCGUUGGUCAGACUGGGCAUCCCCGACCCCACCAGCUACAUCAGGAAGCGCUUCAAGUCCAACAAGCUGCUGUUCCUCAGAGCAGCCUGUGUGGGCCAGGCUCUGGUGGACCAGGUGGAGGCCUCCGUGGAGGAAGCCGUCAGCUCCGCCACAUGGACGGAUAUACAGCCGAUUUUGCCCAGCUGCCUGUCAAUGGAGGACGUUGGGAUGUUGAUCAACCAGGCGAUGAGGAACACCAACGUCCAGUCCUCUGCCCGAGUGCUGGGAGAGACGGUCGUCGUCAGCGAGAAGUUCAUCGGCAACUGCCUCUCUUUGUUCGAUGACGUCAUGCAGCAGAAAGCUCAGAAGGAAGUCAAGAACAAUCCGGUGUUUCUGAUCACUGAAGAUGAUCUGAGGCAAGCAUCCAUGCUGACGGAGAGCUCAGCAAAUUCCAAAAAGGAAAAGAGAGACGCAGAGCGCAAGAAGAAGGCCACAGAGGGCAGUGGCAGCGUGAAAUCGGGCGGCGGAGGCAACGCCAGAGAGAUCCGCAUCCGUAAAACCAAGAAGAAAGGGAGGAAAGACGAGGACAGCGACGAGGAAACCGGACCGUCGCAGCAAAAUCGCAGUAAACAGUCUGCAGCCCCCUUCAUGGCCCAGGACGACAUCGUCGCAGUUUUAGAGGAGAGGGUGAGCGACUGUCCCGAAGAAAUGCUCUCCGAGCUGGCAGAGCAUUUAGUAAGGCCGCUGGCUAAAGCCUACCAGGAGGUGCUGCGGACGGUGUUCAUGUCCUCCACCAGCGCUCCGUCGAGGGCCAACAAGAAGCAGAGCAUGAAGGAUCUGCAGGAGGAGAUCACCAGCCUGUACAACAACAUCCGACUCUUCGAUAAGGGGAACAAGUUCUUCUCUGAUGAAACCCAGGUCCACAUCGCCAAGCACAUCCUGAAGACCCUGUGCACCGACGUCACCAACAUCUUGUUCAACUUCCUGGCCGCCGACCUGAUGAUGUCUGUGGAGAAUCCCGGAACCAUCACCAACGAGGUCCGGGUGAAGAUUUUGGUCAAACUGUCCGAGGACACCAAAGGACCUCUGAUGAAGCUGCACAACUGCCUGAUCGGCAAAACCGUCGAAGACUUUCUGACCAACAUAGAGACGUGUGCAGAGGUGUGCGGGUUCAUGCUGAAGAAGGUAGACAAGAAAAAGGAGAGGCAGGCGCUGUUCCUGCACCGCCAGGCUCUCGCCGAGCAGCUGAAGGAGGCGGAGGAUCCGGCCCUGGUCCUCCACCUGACCAGUGUGCUGCUUUUCCAGGCCAGCACCCACUGCAUGCUGCACGCCCCCGGACGCUGCGUGCCCCAGAUCAUCGGCACCCUCACGGGGCGAAUAUCCACGGAGCAGCAGCAGCUGCUGUCGGCCUACCAGAGCCUGGUGGUGAAGCAGCUGGUGAGCCAGAAUCCGAGCAGGAAGCAGCAGCAGCAGGAGGGGGAGGAGGCCGAGGACGAGAAGGCCGAGGAGCAGGAAGAGGAGGCCCGCAACGUCCGCACGCAGCUCAUGGCCCUGAUGCCGCAAGUCAAGGAUCUGAUGCUGUCCCAGCGGAAGGCGUCCGUCACGGAGGACUGAACUUUUUUUUUUCUUCUACGUUUUAGAGAAAAGGGAUGCCGGGAACCGGAUUGAGGAGGAAUCUUAAUAAUAAUGUUUGUUUCUUGUGUGUGAUUUAUCCCAUGUGGAUGUCACACCCUGUAAACCCAAUUUACAUGAAAAUCCUCUGAGGUUCUGAUUUGUCAUGCUUUCAUUAAAGCUCUCCUAACUCAUG